UUCGAGGAAACCGGAUGUACUUCCACACGUGUUGCUGUCCAACCUCGGAGCCUGUAGUAUUUGUAUGUAUGUAUGCUAUGUCUAUGUAAAUGUUUAUAAAAUAAGUUGCGACGAUGGCAGAUGUUUAUGAGGUUGGGUCAGUGUCUUCCUUAAUUAAUGCAAAAUCAAAUUCGGAUUCAAAGUUAUCAAAAGAACAGAAAAAACUCAAUAAACUUUUCGACUCUGGAAAAAAGGUUGGUCCUGGAAAAGUAAAAGGCAAAAAUCUCUCCGUCGAAAAUGACGAUACCAAAUGUAACUCGAAAAUAUUAAAAGAUUCAAGCUCUACAUCAGAAAAUGUUGCAAAUCAAAGCAGUCGGUCGAAUGAUAAGAUUAUAGAACAAUUGUUUUGUAAUACAAGUGAAGUACUCGUCGGAAGGUUGAACCCUAGACAGACACAAACACGAAAGAGACGUCAUUCCGAAGAUGAGGAAGAUGGUACAGAACGUAAAAAGAUUCCUAAAAAAACUGAUGACAAGUUUAUUAACGCCAAGACUAUAUUUGUUGGUAACCUUCCUCUUAGUAUAACCAAAAAGAAACUUCAUAAAAUGUUCAGUCCCUUUGGUACUAUUGAAAACACGCGUUUUCGAGGAGCUAUACCAGCUGAUCUCAAACGAGGUAAAAAGUUUGCUGUUUUGAAAAAGAAAUUUCACCCUAAAUGCAAAAGUAUCAAUGCCUAUAUAUGUUUUACAGAAAGAAAAGCUGUUCCGAAAGCUAAAAGUCUCAACGGCACUGAGCUGGAUGGAUUGCACAUCCAAGUCAACGAAGCUAAGUUUAAAAAGAAAAACAUUGAUCACAAGAAGUCGGCUUUUGUAGGGAACCUGCCAUUUGAUAUUCAUGAGCAAGAUUUGAGGGAACACUUUCUUGACUGUGGUCCAAUUUCUAAUGUUAGAGUCAUUCGGGACAAGAUAACCGGUGUUGGAAAAGGAUUUGGUUACGUUUCAUUCGAAGACACGGAUGCUGCGAUGUUUGCACUGCAACUUAACGAUUCAGAGUUAAAAGGUCGAAAGAUUCGAGUAAAAUCAUCUACAAUGAAUAAGGAUCGACAAAUAAUUGAUGAUGAUGAUAAUAAAAGGGGAAAGAAAUUGAAAGGAAAAGAAAGUAAUAAAGAUUUUGUUGGUAUGAAAGCUGUUAAGAAGAAGAAAAAGAAAAAUAAGCCAAAACACAUGGCACGAAAACUGAGACAAAUGAAUAUGCAAAAUGCCGAAGAAAAAGAACCCCAAAAGGUUGUUAAAUCAACUGAUGGACCUAAUAAACAUGUCGUUUUUGUGUAAGAUCAUUCAUAUUAUUUUAAAAUAGAACAUUUGUAUUAUAUAAAGCACACAUAUAUUGUUAUAUUUAUUUUUUUUU